AUGAAACUUUUCGGUUUUUACAGUAAAAAUGUGUAUAUUCAAUACCGCAAUCAACUCUGCUCAACCACUACCUUCGUCGUGUGUUUUCUCACACUUAUUGCCUUCAUCGCGCCAUACUAUAUUCUGUACUCUAUCAAGGGCGGAGAACUAUGGGACCAGCAUCGUCCGGUGUACGAGCAGCCUCGAGUGAAAUUCCCGUACAAAUACCUGGUUCUUGCAGAGUUUGAAGGUGUCGACGAUGGUGAAUCUUCCGUCCUUACCUGUAGCUCCUUUGAAGGAUAUAACAGUGCCACGGAACAGCUACCUUCGUUUAAUGCUAUUCGCGUAAUACCCAUCGACGAGGACAACGAUCAAGCGAUGGAUCGAUUGAGGGUCACGAUUAGUUUCAAUCCACCAGAUGGUGCAGAUGGAUUGCGAUUUUACACGGUCUACUAUUUUCUCGAAACAACGCUAACAUCCCAGUGCAACUUUCGGGUACCCGCUUUCAUCUACCUCGACAAGUUUCCAGCACCAGCAGCAAAGUUCCUGUCGGGGAAAAUUGAACACCAUGGCGUAGUGCAAGCCAAGCAGUCCACAUCGUUACAGUGUCCGUUUUUUAUGCGACAACAGAAAUCACACUUCAGUGGACGAUAUUACCCGAACGAAAACUCGACGCUCGAAGAGUUCCAACCAAAAAUGAUCAUGGGAAAGAUAGAAUCAUCCAAUCCAGCCUACUUUGAAUACAGUCAAACACGCACCGGCUGGAUGUCGGAUGAAUCCGGCGUAAUCAACAUCGAGAUGGAUAUCGCUAUCGGAGGGGCCGAUAGUCAAGCGACUGCACUUCUAUAUAGAACUUCCCUGUGGCAGCGCCUUUCUCAAUUCUGGACAAGCUACUUCCCGUUGCUCUUUGUCAGCCUGUGGAUUGCAAACAAGGUAAAAAUGUACCUUUUUGAAAACUUCUACUUACGCGCCGUGGAGGUAUUGCCAUGGAAACAAAAAUAUAUCUAG